AUGACAAGAUUAGCCGAUGUAAUAGGAAGAAAGAAGUCUAUGCUGUUGGUAGCGGUUACUUACACCAUAAGCUUAACAGUAACUGCUUUUGCAAACCAUAUGACGAUUUACUAUAUUUGUAUAUCCAUCUGUGGUAUUUGCGAAGGAGCAUCCUUAUGCAUCGUGCCUAUUUAUAACAGCGAAAUAUCAGACAAUCACAAUAGAGGGCGAAUGGGUUGUAUAAUGGGAUUUACUAUGCAAACCGGAAUGUUUUUGGCAUAUUUUUAUGGUUAUUUCUUCGAAUUAAAAACGUAUUUUCUAUUAUGUGCAAUGCCAUGCAUAUUGCAUGUAUGUGUACAAAUAUUUAUUCAGGAUUCUCCGGUAUCAUUAGCCAUUCAAGGAAAAAAACUGGAAGCAUUGAAUGUUUUAGAAAAACUAAGACCAACAAAGACCACUACAGACCUAGAGAUUGAAUAUACAAUGAUUGAUGCUGCAAUACAAGAGCAUAAUGCAAAAAGUUUAAAAGACAUUUUUCUAACAACUGCACCACGUCGAGGACUUUUUAUUGCCCUUUUCAUCUGUACUACACAGCAAUGUUCAGGAAUUUUCGUAAUAUUGUAUUUUAUGGCUAGUAUAUUUAAUCAAGCGGGUUCAGAUUUGUCAGGAAAUGCUGUCGGCGCAAUAGUGGGUGUUUUCCAAAUGGCAACUUAUUGUGUUGCAGCUUAUCUUAUAGAAAAGUGUGGUAGAAGAAUCCUUGUCCUAACAUCUUCCUUUACUUGCACAAUUCCUAUGUUCCUCUUGGGUCUCUAUUUUUACUUAAAGAGUAUAAACGCAAAUAUAAUCACUAGUAUUGGUUGGUUUCCUGUUGUUUGUGUAAUAGUGUUUAUAAUCUGCUACGGAAUUGGUCUCGGCGCUGUACCUAUUGCUAUUAUGGGCGAACUUUUUCCAAGUGAUUUGAGAGCCAAAGGUGUAGGUCUAACCUUGGUUCUAGACGCCUUAGCAGUUUCUCUUGUGUUAUUUUGCUACCCUUUGGCGACAAAAACAUUUGGAGUUCACAUUUGCAUGUGGUUGUUUAGUUUUUUGUGUCUUCUAGGGUGUAUUACUUUGUACUUUAUACUACCAGAGACAAAGGGAAAAAGUUUUUGUGAAAUAAAACAUAUGUUAGAUAAUCAUUAUCUGAAAUAA